CAGUGGUCUUUAACACGAUCACAGUAUGCACCACAAUGCUUUAAAACAGCAAAGCUUCUGGAAAACCCAAACAAAAGGAACGUCACCAGGUGACGUCAGCCUAUAUACAGCCCUGUGUGGUCACAGCGCAUAAGCAAAUCCAUUCUUGUACCGCUUCCCUGAAAAGCUUUUCAGUAAAUGCACUCAUGCUACUACAGGAGCUUCUCUCAGCAAUAAGCCACCCAUCUGCCAUCAACAAGUUAGGACUAAAGGAAGCCACAGCUGCGGAAAAAGAAAACGUGAGCUUCAAUUAAACAGCUGAGCAGCCACAGAGGACGAAAACUUGUCUUAAGAGUUGAUUUAAAAAUUGCAGACCUGUCAGAGGAGAUCAAGCCAGUGAUUUCAAAAGGAAUAUUCCAGGAGAGCAUCGUGGAUUCAAUUUUGCACUAAUAUCAAAGGACACUAAACCCAGUAAAUUAUUCAAAGGCUAUCUUACAUUAGAGCCUUUUACAGACUCACCGUGUUGAGUCUAAAACUACGACUGAAUGCAACCUCCAAUGUACUCAAAAGAAUGGGCUUACAUUUCAAGUGGCCAUUAGGGGCUCGUAUGCUGGCAGCACUAUAUGCAAUGAGUAUGGUUUUAAAAAUGCUGCCUGCCUUGGGCAUGGCUUGUCCACCAAAAUGUCGCUGUGAGAAGCUGCUCUUUUACUGUGACUCUCAGGGGUUUCACUCAGUGCCAAACACCACUGAAAAGGGCUCGCUAGGUUUGUCACUGAGGCACAAUUAUAUUUCUGAACUUGAAAGGGAUCAAUUUGCAAGCUUCAGUCAACUUACUUGGCUUCACUUAGAUCAUAAUCAAAUUGCAACAGUCAGAGAAGAUUCUUUUCAAGGACUGUAUAAACUUAAGGAAUUAGUCUUAAGUUCCAACAAAAUCUUUCAUUUGCCAAACACAACUUUUAGCCAACUGCUUAACCUGCAGAAUUUGGACCUCUCUUUUAAUCAGUUAUCCUCUCUGCACCCCGAGCUCUUCUACGGCCUUCGCAAGCUACAGACCUUGCACUUGCGAUCCAACUCUCUGCGGACCAUCCCGGUCCGCCUGUUCUGGGACUGUCGUAGCCUGGAGUUCCUGGAUUUGAGCACAAACCGCUUGCGAAGUUUGGCUCGCAAUGGAUUUGCGGGAUUAAUCAAGCUGAGGGAGCUUCACCUAGAGCACAACCAGCUGACAAAGAUUAAUUUUGCUCACUUCCUCCGGCUGAGCAGCCUGCACACCCUCUUCUUGCAGUGGAACAAAAUUAGCAACUUGACAUGUGGGAUGGAGUGGACCUGGGGCACCUUAGAAAAGCUCGAUUUGACUGGAAACGAGAUCAAAGCCAUUGACCUAACCGUCUUUGAAACUAUGCCUAACCUUAAAACCCUCCUAAUGGAUAACAACAAGCUCACCACUCUGGAUUCCAAGAUCCUAAGUUCCCUGACAGCCCUCACCACCGUGGGCCUCUCCGGCAAUCUGUGGGAAUGCAGCCCAAAGAUCUGCGCCUUGGCCACAUGGUUGAGUGGCUUCCAAGGUCGGUGGGAGCACUCCAUCCUCUGCCAUAGCCCCGACCACACCCAGGGAGAGGACAUUCUGGAUGCAGUGUAUGGUUUUCAGCUUUGCUGGAAUUUAUCGACUGUUGUUACGCCCGUGGCUACGACAUACACAGCUCCAACUACCGAGUACACAAAAAGAAUAAGCUCUUCUCAUUUCCAUAUGGGAGACAAAGAGAUUCCAACUACGGCAGGCAUGGUCGUUACCACCGAAGAACAUUUCCCUGAGCCAAACAAUGCCAUCUUCACUCAGAGGGUAAUUACAGGAACAAUGGCUUUAUUGUUUUCUUUCUUUUUUAUCAUUUUUAUAGUGUUCAUCUCCAGGAAGUGCUGCCCUCCCACAUUACGAAGAAUUAGGCAGUGCUCAAUGAUCCAAAACCACAGGCAGCUCCGAUCCCAAACACGGCUGCAUAUGGCAAAUAUAUCAGACCAAGGACCCUAUAACGAAUAUGAACCCACCCACGAAGGACCCUUCAUCAUCAUUAAUGGCUACGGACAGUGCAAGUGUCAGCAGCUGCCAUAUAAAGAAUGUGAAGUAUAAUACCUACAUGCCAUCAAAAAUUAAAUCAGAUAAGUAACCUAUUUUAAAAUUGUAGGGGACCUACAUCAGAUUCUAAUUUUUACAAAUGUUGACAUAAAGCCUAAUUUUCCAAGCUACUUAAUGGAAACAUUGUUUAUGGAGUGGUGCCGUAUUUUUAAGUUUUUUUAAAAAAUAAAUCCAUAAUAUUUUCAGUGUUAAAGAAGCAAUGAUUACAUUAAACUUGCACUCCUAAUGUUUAAAAGUCUAAAGAGAUGCUCACCUCAAACUAUGUAAAAUGUUUCAUGUUAUGUAAUUAUAUGACUGUGUGUAAACAUUUA